AAUAAAUCCAGUAGACACUAGUGCAAAAAAUUCAACACACAUGUCCUUCAAUCUUCUCUUUACCUAAACCUAAAAAAAACCGAGCUAUUUCUCUAUACAUGACAUGAAAAAUUUAGAGAAGCAACACAGAAUUUGAUCAAAAAUAGUCAAGAAAUCAAUCGUGGGUUUCUUUAUUUUCAACAACAAAGAAAGGUUUGAUCAUUUUUCUUUGAUCUCUCAAUCAUAGAAAUCGAAUUCCUCUCUGGAUUUUUCUUUGACUGGUGUUUUCAAUAGUUUUGGAGUGUUGCUAGCAUAAAUCUGCAGAAAUACUUUACUGGGUUCUGUCUAUUCCAGGGUUUGACUUUUUAAAUUGCUUAGAGAUUGAAUUUUGGUGAUUUAUUGUGUUAUGAUAGAUUCUAUAUGAUCAAAAGCUUAAGGCUUUAUAUAGAUAUAGAUAGCGGAUUUGCUUUUUAUCUCUUAGUAAUUAAGAAAGAUGCAGUCUAGGAAGCCUGAAGAUUACAUCGCACAGUCUCCAUCUGCAAAGACACGUAAUCAACAUAGAACUGAAGUUGGACAUGAGUCUCAUCCUGCUCCUCGCCGUCACGCAGUGGAUCGGUCUCCACGCGUGCAGCAGCGAAGGAGUUUAAGCCCUCGUAGGAAGGUUGAGGGUACUAGAAAGGUAGUUCAUGGGGAGGGAAGGAGCAGCUCGACCGAAAGAAGGGACUCUAGUUGGCAUUUGGGUGCAGGUAGGACUGAAAAAGUCCGGUCUGGUUCCCCACAGUACGCCCAAGAGCGUAAAAAGCCUCGUUUUGAUGAGGGGGUUGUGCAUAGGAAAUACAGGCAAGUUGAGGAACAUGUUGAUGGUAAAAGUAAUAGAUUGAAGCGAGGCUAUGGAUAUGAUCAUCAUGCUGCAUCUUCUAGAGCGAGUAAAGAGAAGGAUUAUCGUGAUAACAGGGGCGUGGGUAUUGAUGGGCAUGGCAUGAUGGGGCAGAAAUCAGUGCCUGAGGAAGAUGGUAUGAUAAGAGGGUCAUAUCGGGUGCCUCGAGAUUUGGUUCCCAACUCAAAUUAUGGAGAUACUGGAUCACAUAUACAGUCAAUGUCUCGGAAUAUGGAUAUUGGCCACUUUGAUGAUGAAGAACUUCAAUUUCGAGAGACUAUACCAUCAGAUAAGAUUCAGGCCAGGAGAUUUUACGAAGAAGGGGAAAAACCUAUGUUUCAUUCAAGAUAUGUUCCGUACACCAGGAUGUCAGCUCCUCACUCUAAGGAUUUGGAAAGCGCUCCUCGAUAUAAAGAUUUUGCUGGUUCAUCUUCUGGAUUCUCAAGGAGUGAGUUUCCAGGUUCUUAUAGAGAAGGCAUGCCCUUAGCUGCUUCAGAUGAAUAUCCAAGAAGCAGCAUAAAACUCACAGAACCUACGAAUUUUAACACAUAUAGGGAAAGGUCAGUUAUGGACAUAAGAGACUAUGAGGCUAGUAAGAGAAUUAUGACAAGUUAUCCGCAGGGUGCCUAUAAUCCUGAAAGGCCCUCGCAUGAUCAUUACUUCUACUCCAAAUCACAAGAAAUUGUGGAUGACAAUCAUGCAUAUCCAUCUGACGAUGUACACAGAAUGAUGUCUCCACCUUCUCCAUUGAACUAUGAGCAUGCUCAAACAGAUUUUGAGCAUAGAGAAUUUUCAAGAAUGAGUAUGCACCAUGUUAGAGACAGGACUGAUCACACUGAUGGUUCCUUUAUAAACGUGAGAAGGAGCACUGUAUUUGACCAUCCCACAAUACAAAGGCAAGCACCCAUGGAGAACCUUGAUACAGGCAGAAUACAAAACACAUCAAAGCACAAUGUGGAAUAUUUGGGUUCAGCAUAUACUCAAGUUGAUCGUGGACAGGGAGAGUUACAAGAUAAUAGGAGAUCUCAUUCGGGUGUCACACAGGAUCGCCAAGUCCCACAUUUGAGACCAAAUUAUGGGUUUGGAAGAGAUGCAGGUCCACAGUUUCAAAAGGAAAUAUUGCAUGAUCCUCCUAUGCCAAUAUAUGACAUGGAAAUGAAGAGAUUUGCUGCCCAGAGGCAAAGAAUGAGGGGAGAGCUUGCCUCGUAUGAGCCACCAGAUAAAGCAUUCAACCGAAACUAUGUAAUGGAGGAAGAAAUAAAUAGGCAUGACAGAAAGUACAUUGUGGAGGAAGAUAUAAAUAGGCAUGAUACAAGAAAUAUUGUGUCAAACAAAAGGAAUUUACCUCAAGAAUUUGAAGAUCUUUACGAAAGUGGUGAGGAAUGGGUAGAUGAAGAUACAGGUGCUUUACAUGUGUCCAGGACUCGGAGGUUUGACCAGAGUGCAUAUAGAAAUGCUAAAAGGACAUACGAUAGAGAUAAUUUUGGAGAUUCUGCAUCUGAAGACUGGUUGUCUUCUCAAGAUUCCUCGGUGCAUGCACAAAGGGAUUUGAUUAGAGAUUAUAAACCUGGUGCUAAAUAUAUGAAGGGUCAUCCGAGAUCUGGUCCUUUAAGUUGGUAUAACUCACACCAGACUGAUAAAAAAAGUGUUCAUAGACAGCAUAGGAUUUGGAAAAGAAAUGAUGAUUAUGGCAAUGAUGCAAAUAUAAAUGAUGAUGACCAGCCAGAAGAUUGGGUAAAUCUUGGGGAGGCUGAACCACGUGAGGGCUCUGAGGAAUUCAAGCAACUGGUGGAUGAAGCCUUCUUACUGUUUUCAAAAAGAUUAAAUUUGAACACAGCAGUUCGAAGAAGAUACAAGGAACAAGGAAAAGCUGGUAGUUUGUUCUGCAUCGUAUGUGGCAAAAGCUCAUCAAAGGAGUUCAUGGCUGCUCAAAACCUGGUACAGCAUGCGUUUAUGUCCCACAAGAUUGGGCUGAGAGCGCAACACUUGGGUCUUCACAAGGCAAUAUGUGUUUUGAUGGGAUGGAAUAGUUCUGUGCCUUGUGACGCAAUAACAUGUGCUCCUGAGAUCUUGCCUGAUGAAGAAGCUUUUGCUCAGAAAGAGGAUUUGAUGCUCUGGCCUCCACUUGUUGUCAUCCACAACAUUUCUAUGUCAAACAACAACCCAGAACAACAGAAGGUCAUACCUAUUGAAGGGGUUGAGGCUUUUCUGAGAGGUAAAGGUAUUGUUGGGGGUAAAAUCAAGGUAUGCCUAGGAAAACCUGCUGACCAAAGUGUUAUGUUGGUAAAGUUUUUGGGAACUUUUACGGGACUCGGAAAUGCAGAGAAGCUUCACAAAUAUUUUGCAGAGAAGAAACACGGGAGAGAAGAAUUUGAGCAUAACACAUCCAACAACAUUAACAACAGCAAUAGUUUGGAAGAAGAAACUCAAGGAGGCCAGUUGGAGGAGCACCUACUAUACGGGUACCUGGGAAUUGCUGAGGACUUGGACAGGCUUGAUUUUAAUACGAAGAAGAGGAUUCUAAUAAAGAGCAAGAAGGAAAUUCAAGAGCUGGCAAAUGCUCCUGUUAAAACUGAUGAUAAGUCGCUGAAUAAUAGCUGAUGACAAAUAUUGACUUAAAACAUGGUGAAGCAAUUCCAAGUUCCUUCAGGAGGAAUCUUCUGUGAAAAUGUUUCUCCAUCAUUAUUUCUAGUCUAUUGGUAGUGCAAUACUACCUUAAGCAAUGUGUGCAUCUUAAGAUUUGGAAUAUCUUUGUUGUGAAGACAGAAAAUUAUGUGCAAAAGUUAUCCACCUUUAUCUGUAGUCUAUUGGUAGUCCAACACUAAUUUUAAUCUAUCAAUACAGAUCUAGACUUGGAACAUCUUUGUUAUGUAACUCUUUCCUUAAUCAGAUAUUACCUAAUGGAAUUCCAUACCGUGUUUGACAA